UGGUUUAUUUGAAGUUUGAAGUAUGUGAGUGGGCUGUCUGCUGCUAUAAAAUUGCUCAAAAGACGCAAAUAAAUAACUGAGAUAUUAAAACCUAAACAUGUUAUUUAUUUUUCCGUUAAUAUUUUUUAUGGAUAGUAAAUGUUUUAAUCGACAUUUGAGCCCAACGUUAAUAUAACUGUACUACAUUUGUGCUCGUCUGUUUUGAUGUGCAUAAAAAUGGCGAGAAUUAAUAAUUCUUUUUUAUUGGGUUUACUAAUUGCUUCUAUAACUUGGACCAUAUCUUUGUAUUUGUACUGGUUGUUGAAUCAAAGUGGCGACACUAAUAAGAUUAUUCAGGAAAAUAAAAUGCAUUAUCACUUAGUAAAUUCAGCAGAGAAGGACCGUAUUAAAAACAAUGAUAAGUCUAUUGCAGCAUUAAAAGGUAAAAGUAUGCUCUAUGAUAGCCCUGCAGCCAAUAAUAAAUACUUGGGUAAGAUGUGGAAAUAUCAAAAAAACAAUACAGAUUACAAACAAAAGCUCAUGCAAAAAGAAAAAUUUGCUAAACUACUGGGAAUGAAGAAAGCUGCUAAACCUGACAAAAGCUUAGAAAAUCAGUAUGGACUCAUUAGAAAUGCUGAAGAUGUGAUAUUAAGGGAAGAGGGUUACAAUCUGCAUGCAUUUAAUGCACUUAUUUCCCAGAGGAUCGGAAACCAUAGGAUAAUACCUGACACCAGAAACAAAAUGUGCCGAGUCAUAAAAUAUGAGAAGAAAUUGCCAAAAGCAUCAAUAAUUAUCUGCUUUUACAAUGAACAUUUUGAAACCCUAAUGAGAUCAAUUCAUUCAAUAUUGGACCGCACUGACUUGAGGUAUAUGAAGGAGAUAAUUUUAGUGGAUGACUACAGUGAUUUAGAUGGAUUACAUGAGAAUGUUAAGAAUGCUGUAGAUGAUCUCAAUAGUAUGCUGAAAAAGGAAGAAGAAAUGUUGGAGACAAAUAAAAUUGAGAUAGAUGUAAUGGAUUAUUUUAAUGACGACGAUGAAAAGUCUACAGAGAAAACAUCAAAGUCUAAAAUUGGCAUUAAUAUACGGCUAUUGAGAACAAGUAAAAGGGAAGGUUUGAUCCGGGCAAGGUUGUAUGGAGCUGAUAAUGCAGUUGGCGAGGUUUUGGUGUUUCUGGAUUCUCAUAUAGAGGUUAAUGUGGAUUGGCUGCGUCCUUUGCUGGGACGUCUUUCGGAGGGUGUAGAUGGCGUCAAUGUGCGGUAUUCACAUCGGGCCCUAGCCCCUGUAAUAGAUGUCAUUAACUCAGACACAUUUGAUUAUUCUACAAGUCCUUUAGUAAGAGGUGGUUUUAAUUGGGGACUUCAUUUCAAAUGGGACAGUUUACCCAAAGGAUCUAUGAAAGAAUUUAUGGAUUUGGUGAAACCGAUCAAAACACCCACAAUAGCAGGCGGUUUGUUUGCUAUAUAUCGUGAAUAUUUCAAUUUCAUUGGCAAAUAUGACGCCGGUAUGAACGUGUGGGGUGGAGAGAACUUGGAAUUAUCUUUCAGGAUAUGGAUGUGCGGUGGUAUGUUAGAGCUAAUACCUUGUAGUCGAGUUGGUCACGUGUUCCGGAAAAGAAGACCUUAUGGUAUGAACGAGAAAGAAGAUUUUAUGGCGCGCAACUCUAUGCGCAUGGCCCGGGUAUGGAUGGAUGAAUAUGUGGCAAAAGUGAUUGAGAUAAAUCCAUCAGCAGCUCGUGUUGACAUUGGGGAUAUAUCAGAAAGGAAAGAGUUGAGGAAACGUCUCAAGUGUAAAACAUUCAGAUGGUAUUUAGAGAAUGUUUACCCUGAAUUAGAGAUGAGUGAAGAUUCUUUACUCAAGAAACGUAUGGCCAUUCUUAAUGAUCCCGAGAGGCAUAAGUUCCAGCCGUGGCACUCCAGGAAGCGUAAUUACACGGAUUCUUAUCAAAUUCGCCUUAAAGGUUCGACCUUAUGCGUCCAAAGCGCUAAGGACAUCAAGACUAAAGGCAGCCGAUUGGUGCUCGCUAAAUGCAGGAGAGGCAUACAGCAGAUAUGGUAUGAGACUGAUCGUCAUGAGUUGGUACUCAGUGGGACACUUUGCUUGGACGCUGUUAACACCAUGGCUCCGAUACUGGGCAAAUGUCACGAACUUGGCGGAACUCAGGAAUGGAAACACAAGGGAGAGGCUGGAAGUCCUAUUUACAACACUGCUGUAGGUAUGUGUUUGGGCGUAGAGCGGGCUUACCUUCGGGAGCCAUUGGUUAUGGUCAUAUGUGACAACCAAGAUACCAAUCAAUGGGAUUUCUAUCGCUCUUAAAUCAUAAUACUCAUAAAAGGUACUGGUAGAUAUAAGUAUUCAUAUAAUCAUAUAGUCAUAUUACUACUAUUUAAGACUUUCUCACACUUUAUGUAAAAUAGUGACGGAUUUAACAGAUAACUUUAUCAAUCUACAAGGAUCUUGAGGCAUCUUUUUGACAUUGACAGGUGACUGUUUUUAGAGUUGCCAGUAAGAAAAUAAUUCCCAAAUUCUUUCGAUAAUCUCCCCAGUUUAGAACAAAACCAAACUAUAUGACGACUUUUUACCUGAUCCCCCUCUUUAAUCACUAAGUAUCAUGUGGUAUAAAAAAGUAUAAGCUUUUACUAUCCAGAAUUAACAAUAAGUUAGCAUCAUGGUCAUGACUUCUCAGUAAAUAACUACAUAGGUCAGUUCAUAUGACCUUUUUAAGGAAUCUCGAAAUUAUAAAAAUGGCAACAUUCAUCAAUGCAGUUGCCACUCUCUCCUUGGUCAAAAAUAACGCUUUUCAGAUGACAUUGUUAGUUAAUAAAAUUGCUAACUGACAAAUGAUCCUUGUAGAUCCAAUUCAAUUCAAAUAAUUAUUAGUUUUCUCGAUUAAACUGUAACAUUCUAUUUACCGCCCAUCAAAUCCGUCAGUUUUCAACUCAUUUAUUCAAAUGUGAUAAAAAUUAUUUUCUUUAUAUCGAGAUUAUUCUCCGAUCAUGGUUAAAGUCUCAAAAAUGUUUCGAUAUAUUUUUUUAUUUUUAUAUAUUGACUGAUUACAAAAAAUCAAUUAUAAAAGGCAUGAAUCUCAUGUGAUUUUUUACGUAAAUUAUUUUUCAUUUUAUUUUA